AUGUGCUGCUGCUUCGAGUCCAACAAGGCCUUCAGAACCUCCGCCCUUGGCUUCCGCAUCAUCCUUUUCGCCAAUUUGAUGGCUACCAUGAUCUACGGCGCCGUUACGCCGUCCGAGAUGGUCAAAGUCACUGCGGAACGCGUUACGCUUGCCAUUACCGGCGUGUCCAUGGCCGCCCAGCUAUAUGCCACUCUCGCCAGGUUCUCCUGUCUCCCGUACAGUUUCUGGGCAAUCCUCGGAUUUGACGGGAUUUGCGCUGCAGGCUGGUGUGCCGCCCUCGCUGCGAUGUCUUACUGGGACCGAGCGGUUGUCUAUAAACCUCGUGCCGGCGAUCCGGCCGCUUGGUUCAAGUGGGCCAACCACCGCAACUCAGACACUGUUUUAUCGGACGACGGGUACGGACAGUGGAUUCAUAUCACGUGGUGCAAGGUGGUCGUGAAUGGGCAGGAUAGGCUGGUUGGCAACGGUGCGGCGCGACUACAACUCCACGUGCUGAUCGGCUUGUCGACCGUGUCGCUUUUGUUUACUGGGUUCACUCUCUGGUGGACGGUGCGUAGUGCGCAGUAUCUCGGCUUGAUUAGGAAGAGGAACCAGACGGUGGUCUGA